CUCCCGAGCAGUGGCUGUGGUGGUGGUGGUGGCGGCGGCAGCGGCGGCAGCCUCAGCUCCUGCUCCCCGUGCCGCCGGCCCCAGCGCUGUCUCCCGGGCCCCCUAGGGCCCCCGGGCCCUCAAGCCCGGUGCGCGCCCUCGCGUCCCGCCGGCCCCCUCCCCCGGCUGGGCCCGGGGGAGGGUGGCGCCGUGAGAGAGCGGGGACAGGGCUCUCCUGCCCGUUCCCCUGCCCCUGGGCCGCCAGGAUGGAGGCGGGGUCGGGGCCCCCGGGCGGCCCGGGAUCCGAGAGCCCAAAUCGGGCCGUGGAGUACCUGCUGGAGCUGAACAACAUCAUCGAGAGCCAGCAGCAGCUGCUGGAAACCCAGCGGCGGCGCAUCGAGGAGCUGGAGGGCCAGCUGGACCAGCUCACCCAGGAGAACCGCGACCUGCGAGAGGAGAGCCAGCUGCACCGCGGGGAGCUGCACCGGGACCCCCACGGCGCGCGGGAUAGCCCGGGCCGCGAGAGCCAGUACCAGAACCUGCGCGAGACCCAGUUCCACCACCGCGAGCUGCGGGAGAGCCAGUUCCACCAGGCGGCCCGGGACGUGGGCUACCCGAACCGGGAAGGCGCCUACCAGAAUCGGGAGGCUGUGUAUCGGGACAAGGAGCGGGACGCCUCCUACCCGCUCCAGGACACUACCGGUUACACAGCCCGCGAGCGUGACGUGGCCCAGUGCCACCUGCACCACGAGAACCCAGCCCUGGGUCGCGAGCGUGGCGGGCGGGAGGCCGGGCCGGCGCACCCGGGCCGCGAGAAGGAAGCGGGCUAUUCGGCGGCGGUGGGCGUGGGGCCGCGGCCACCGCGGGAGCGGGGCCAGCUGAGCCGUGGCGCAUCCAGGAGCUCCAGUCCCGGCGCCGGCGGAGGCCACAGCACCAGUACCAGCACCAGCCCGGCCACGACCCUCCAGAGAAAAUCUGAUGGUGAGAAUUCCAGAACAGUCAGGUCCACAGCGUCUCAUACUCUACACCAGUAUUGCUGUCCUACUCAGGUCCUUGACUCCAUGAAGCUUACCCCCUCAGGCAGGCUGGCAGAGAGCAGUGUGGAGGGUGAUGCCCCAGGCAGUGACCUGAGCACAGCGGUUGAUAGUCCUGGGAGCCAACCCCCCUACCGGCUGAGCCAGCUGCCCCCCUCCAGCAGCCACAUGGGGGGCCCCCCUGCUGGAGUGGGCCUUCCCUGGGCUCAGCGGGCACGCCUCCAGCCAGCCAGUGUCGCCCUGAGGAAGCAGGAGGAGGAGGAGAUAAAGCGCUCCAAGGCCCUAUCGGACAGCUAUGAACUCUCCACAGACCUGCAGGACAAGAAGGUGGAAAUGCUGGAGAGGAAGUAUGGGGGCUCCUUCCUGAGCCGCAGGGCUGCCAGGACCAUCCAGACAGCCUUCCGCCAGUACCGCAUGAACAAGAACUUUGAGCGGCUACGCAGCUCAGCCUCAGAGAGCCGCAUGUCCCGCCGCAUCAUCCUUUCCAACAUGCGGAUGCAGUUCUCCUUUGAGGAGUAUGAGAAGGCACAGAACCCCGCGUACUUCGAGGGCAAGCCUGCCUCGCUGGACGAGGGUGCCAUGGCUGGUGCCCGGAGCCACCGGCUUGAACGGGGGCUCCCAUAUGGAGGCUCCUGUGGUGGGGGCAUCGAUGGUGGUGGAAGCUCCGUCACCACAUCUGGAGAGUUUUCUAAUGACAUCACAGAACUUGAGGACUCCUUCUCCAAACAGGUAAAGUCUCUGGCUGAAUCCAUCGACGAAGCCCUGAACUGCCACCCGUCAGGGCCCAUGUCUGAGGAGCCAGGGUCAGCCCAGCUGGAGAAGCGGGAGUCAAAGGAACAGCAAGAGGACAGCUCAGCCACAUCCUUCAGUGAUCUUCCCCUCUACCUGGAUGACACAGUUCCCCAACAAUCCCCUGAGCGACUGCCCAGCACAGAACCCCCACCCCAGGGCCGGCCCGAGUUCUGGGCGCCAGCCCCUCUCCCGCCAGUUCCUCCACCAGUGCCAUCAGGAACCCGGGAAGACGGUAGCCGUGAGGAAGGCACUCGCAGGGGUCCCGGGUGCUUGGAGUGCCGGGAUUUCCGGCUGCGGGCUGCCCACCUUCCCCUGCUUACCAUUGAGCCUCCUAGUGACAGCUCCGUGGACCUGAGUGACCGCUCAGAUCGCGGCUCUGUCCACCGCCAGCUGGUGUAUGAGGCUGAUGGCUGCAGCCCCCAUGGGACCCUGAAGCACAAGGGGCCACCAGGCAGGGCCCCGAUCCCACACCGCCACUACCCAGCCCCUGAAGGCCCAGCCCCAGCCCCACCAGGGCCCCUGCCACCAGCCCCCAACAGUGGCACUGGGCCCAGUGGUGUGGCUGGGGGUCGGAGGUUGGGGAAGUGCGAGGCAGCAGGCGAGAACUCUGAUGGUGGAGAUAACGAGAGCCUUGAGAGCUCCAGCAAUUCCAAUGAGACCAUCAACUGCAGCUCCGGCUCCUCUUCUCGGGACAGUCUAAGGGAGCCUCCGGCUACCGGCCUGUGCAAGCAGACUUACCAGCGGGAGACAAGGCAUAGCUGGGACUCGCCAGCUUUCAACAAUGAUGUGGUCCAGAGGCGGCACUACCGAAUCGGCCUCAACCUCUUCAACAAGAAGCCAGAGAAGGGUAUCCAGUAUCUGAUCGAGCGGGGCUUCCUGUCAGACACACCGGUGGGAGUGGCUCACUUCAUCCUGGAGCGGAAAGGCCUCAGCCGGCAGAUGAUAGGGGAAUUCCUAGGGAACCGGCAGAAGCAGUUCAACAGAGACGUGUUGGACUGUGUGGUGGAUGAGAUGGACUUCUCCUCCAUGGAUCUGGAUGAUGCGCUCCGGAAGUUCCAGUCCCAUAUCCGGGUUCAGGGUGAGGCCCAGAAAGUGGAGCGACUCAUCGAAGCCUUCAGCCAGCGGUACUGUGUCUGUAACCCAGCCCUCGUGCGCCAGUUCCGGAACCCAGACACCAUCUUCAUCCUUGCUUUUGCCAUCAUCCUCCUCAAUACCGACAUGUACAGUCCCAGCGUCAAAGCUGAACGAAAGAUGAAACUAGAUGACUUCAUCAAGAACCUGAGAGGGGUUGACAAUGGUGAAGACAUCCCCCGAGACCUCCUGGUGGGCAUCUACCAGCGCAUCCAGGGGCGUGAACUGCGGACCAACGAUGACCAUGUGUCCCAGGUGCAGGCUGUGGAGCGCAUGAUUGUUGGAAAGAAACCAGUCCUGUCUCUCCCUCACCGUCGACUGGUUUGCUGCUGCCAGCUCUACGAGGUGCCAGAUCCAAACCGCCCCCAGAGGCUAGGGUUGCAUCAGCGGGAGGUCUUCCUCUUCAAUGAUCUCCUUGUGGUCACCAAAAUUUUCCAGAAGAAGAAGAUCUUGGUGACGUACAGUUUCCGUCAGUCUUUCCCCCUCGUGGAAAUGCACAUGCAGCUCUUCCAGAAUUCAUAUUACCAGUUUGGGAUCAAGUUGCUGUCUGCAGUACCUGGUGGGGAGCGAAAAGUCCUCAUCAUCUUCAAUGCCCCCAGCCUCCAGGACCGGCUGCGCUUUACAUCCGACCUGCGCGAGUCCAUUGCGGAGGUGCAGGAGAUGGAGAAAUACCGUGUGGAGUCGGAGCUGGAGAAGCAGAAAGGUAUGAUGCGGCCUAACGCCUCACAGCCUGGAGGGGCCAAGGACUCAGUGAAUGGGACGAUGGCCCGCAGUAGCCUGGAGGACACUUACGGGGCAGGCGAUGGGCUCAAACGGGGCGCACUCAGCAGUUCCCUGCGAGACCUCUCUGAUGCAGGGAAGCGGGGGCGGCGUAACAGCGUGGGAUCGCUGGACAGCACCAUCGAAGGGUCUGUUAUUAGCAGUCCACGCCCUCACCAGAGGAUGCCACCUCCGCCCCCACCCCCGCCGCCAGAGGAGUACAAGAGCCAGAGGCCCGUCUCCAACUCCUCAUCCUUCCUGGGCUCCCUAUUUGGAAGCAAGCGGGGCAAGGGGCCCUUCCAGAUGCCACCACCGCCAACAGGCCAGGCCUCUGCCUCCUCUUCAUCUGCUUCUUCCACGCACCACCACCACCACCACCACCAUCAUGGCCAUAGCCACGGUGGCCUGGGGGUGCUGCCUGAUGGGCAGUCCAAGCUCCAGGCCCUGCAUGCCCAGUAUUGCCAAGGACCGGGCCCUGCCCCGCCACCCUACCUCCCACCCCAGCAGCCCUCUCUUCCCCCACCUCCCCAGCAGCCCCCACCCUUGCCCCAGCUGGGCUCCAUUCCACCGCCUCCCGCCUCAGCCCCACCUGUGGGGCCACAUCGCCACUUCCACGCCCAUGGCCCAGUCCCAGGGCCCCAACACUAUACCUUGGGCCGGCCAGGCAGGGCACCCAGACGGGGGGCUGGAGGACACCCUCAGUUUGCUCCACAUGGCCGCCACCCCCUGCACCAGCCCACAUCCCCACUGCCCCUGUACAGUCCUGCCCCCCAGCACCCUCCAGCCCACAAACAGGGCCCUAAGCACUUCAUCUUCAGCCACCACCCACAGAUGAUGCCAGCAGCAGGCGCGGCUGGGGGCCCUGGAUCCCGGCCACCAGGGGGCUCCUACUCCCACCCCCACCACCCCCAGUCACCAUUGUCACCACACUCACCCAUCCCACCCCACCCCUCCUAUCCACCCCUCCCCCCACCCUCCCCUCACACCCCGCACUCACCCCUUCCACCCACCUCCCCCCAUGGCCCGCUGCACGCCUCUGGGCCCCCUGGCACAGCCAACCCCCCCAGUGCAAACCCCAAGGCCAAGCCAAGCCGGAUCAGCACCGUGGUCUGAUGAAUGGAGAGAGUGAGCUGGGGAACAGGAAAGUCUGGGGAGCCACAGGAGAGGGACCUUGCACCCUCUUUGCUUCCUCGGUUUUUUCAAAAAUAUAUAUACACAUAGCAAUGUCCUCCUCCCCAUGUCCUCCCUGCCUUGGGACCCAUCCUCUCACCCCCAGCAGUUGCCAUGGGGUUUCCUUCCAGAUUCGAGGAUCCUUGCCACUUGAAGCCUGGACUCAGGGUGCUCCAGCGCUGGGGAGUGGUGAGGGCCUUCCAGAGAUCCUCGUACUCUUUCUCCCGUCUUCUUCUUCCCCACUUUUCCCUGGAGGUCUAGCUCUGUGGCCUCAGACCUCUGGGCCUGUGUGAGCUCUCUGUGAGCUCUGGCUGGCGGAGAAGGGCAGGUGUCCGGAGCUGUCGGGGUGAAGGCUUCCCUGGGGCUCCUCUGGCCGUGUGGGGCUAGGAGAGCGCUCUGUAGAGUUGUGGCCAAACCUCAGCUGGCUUGGCCCUCUCUCUGACCUCAGGGCCUGGCCACACACUUCCAUGUGUCUUUUUGCCUGCUGGAGGACAUGGACCAUUGAUGCACUUGGUGGGUGGGACCCUGCUUGUGUUGGCCCCACGUGGGGCAGUGCUUCCUCUCUCGAGCCAGUCUAUGCCCUUUCUCCAGUAGGCCCCAGCCCAGACCUCUUCGGCUUCAGGAACUUGCCUCGCCCUGCAACGUUCUUAUCCUGAUCAAAGUCCAGACAGGUUUUCGGGGGGGCUCAGGUCUGGGAUGAGAAGGGCACUGCCCUCCCUCACCCAUAUUGCAUGCCCCCCCCCCCCAUUCCCUUACACCUAACCCCACCUACAACUGAAGACAAUGCACUUUACAGAUAAUCACCCACACACACCUCGCUGGGGCAGGGCACCCAGCAUCAGCCCUGGGGAGAGAGGCUCCCAAAGGGCCACCAUGAGCCCAAGAUAUCCUUCCUGAGGCAGAGAUUGAAGCCAUCAGAGCUGGGGUUGGGAGCCAGAAUGCCUGAGUCCUUCUGUCCGUCAGAAUCUCCGCUGCCUCUCCAGCCCUUUUGCAGCCCUGUUUAUUUAUUAUAAAUAUAUUUUUUACAAGCCCCAGCUCCUCUUCUUGCCCCGCAUAUCCAGCUCCUCACUCAGCUCCUGCCUCCCUCUCCCCUCUCCACCAUGGGCUGCAGUAUAGACAGACAGAUGGACCCUGGCUGUACGAAGGGCCAGGGCCACUGGGGCUUGGGGGCGGGGGAGGGUGGCAGUGGGAGGGGCUGUAUGGAGAGGAGCUGGGGUUCAGGCAUUGUCUUUUUUCCUCCUUGUAUAUAAGAAUGUAUAUUUGAUGCCUCAUAAAAGACCUUGUGCUCAC